GCCCGAAUCUGUAAUCAGAUCUUCUUACACCUGUACUUUAACGACUUUAUAAAGGCUGAGGACUUCUUGAGUAGAUUAGAAAGUGACUAAUAAUCAGAGUGUUAGGAGCUUGUAUAACUUUUCAUUAAGUACAGCCAAUGCCGGAGGUCGCCACACAAUGACUUGCCAAAUUCAGAACAAAAUACCUGUUCAGCUGUACGUGUCGCUUCCAAGUAAUGGAUGUACCAGUGAUUUGAAAAUCUACUAUCAUCCUGAUGGCGGAGAACAAAGGUCAGUGUUUAGCUGUGACUGGGAUGUAAAGACAAAGACAUACGAUUGUGGAAGCUCUUACCCUGGGGUCGCCUGGCAUCGUGCAGAUGCUAAUCACGUUGAGAUAAAGCUACCGGAAACGUCAAAUAUGAACGAUGAACACUUCAGAUAUCAAUUCUCUUGUCAUGAUCAUCUUCAGUCAGGCCCUUGCUUGACUCCACCUGCUUUUCCAGUGACAACUCGCCUCGUUGACAGCACUACAACAAGCAACAUCACGGAAGCUACAUCAAAAAUUUUUAACAGCACCACAAUGACAGAUAACUCUAAGGAAAAGUCAGAACAUUCUUAUGAAGCAAUCAUGGCAACUGCUGUUGCAUUUGGUAUUGGGAUAUUAAUACUAGUAUUAAUCCUCACUUUCCUUCUUCGGAAAAACCGGCGAUUGAAAAGAUCAAUCAAGAAAGAAAAACAAGAAACAGCUUCCAAGAAAGCUGCUGUGAAUACGACAUCAAUACCAUUGGAAACAAUCGGGGUUGGUCCAACAGACAUUGACCUUGAAGUCUUUGCUGACUCAGGAUUUGCUUCCCUUGCAAUGUCUACUGAUUCCACAACACCUAUUAUGUCUAAAUAUAAGAGUGACAGUGAUCUGACAAUUUAACUUCACUUCUUGUCUUGUCAAACUAUUAUGGAGUUACUAGUAAUUUUUAAUACCAGUUAAAUGUCUUAUUCUUGUUCAUCAUCAUCAUCCUCAUCGUCGUCGUCGUCGUCGUCGUAAUCAUCAUCUUCUGUUCAAAACCAAACGCAGCAGAUUGUCAAGAAAGAGAGGGAGGUGGGUUGAUGAAAGUCUUAGUGACGCAAAUGAAAAUGACGUAAUUUGAAGAAUAAAUGACUGUAACGUUUUUA